CAGGUAUCAUGAUAAGUUAUGGAGAUAUAUUUGGGUUACCUGUGGAAAAAUACUGGGUACUAGCCACGGCCCCGCUGAUUGCCGGGAUGGUGCACGCUGGCUUUCUCUUUUCCGCCAUCUUGCUUACGGCUGUUACCUCCGAGGCAACGUGAAUUAAUCGAUCAAACAUGCAGAACGAAGCCGGAGAAAACGUGGAUAUGUACAUCCCACGAAAAUGCUCUGUGACCAACAGCAUCAUCUCUGCUAAGGAUCAUGCCUCUGUACAGCUUAAUGUUGGUGAGAUUGAUGAAACAGGGAGGUUCACUGGUAACUCCACCACAUAUGCACUGUGUGGAUUCCUCAGGAAACAGGGUGAGGCAGACGACUCGCUCACACAGAUUGCAAGGAGGGAUGGCAUUAUCUCUAAGACAUACAACAUGUAAAUGUUCUAUCAAUAAACAUGUGAAUUUACCAUAAA